AUGAGAUUCCUUCUAUUUGUGUUGCUCUUCUCAACUUCUCUUCAAUUGGUUUCAAGCUUAACUGCACUUCAAGAAUCUGGCAAAGGAUUUUGGUUGUCAUAUUUGAAACAUCACAGUCAACGAAAUCCUGAAAUUCUUCAUCCAGAUUUUAAAUACUUCAAAAAUGGUGAUUUCAUAAUGAAUCGUGGUAAGAAUAGGUGUCAAAAUGAAUAUUUUGAGAGGAUUUCCAAAGUUUCAGAUCCAUAUGCAAAGUAUAUGAGAGGGCAGAGUGAAGAAGAGGUUCAGAAGUGGCGUGGAAUGUAUGAGGAACUGUCGAAACAAUCAAAUGUUCAAUGGGAACAAAAUUUCAAGUAUUUUGAUGUGCAAAUCGCAGGAGAGGGUCUUAUUUACUUUAAAGGACCUGGUGGGAGAUACACGUUGAUCGAAGCUAGAGGUAUUGAGGGAGGGUACCAAGUGUUGAAAAUGGAGUUUUACUAA